AUGGGUACGGUAUGGACUAGGCGAUUACUUCAUACCUUGUUGCUAGCCUCGGUCCCGUUGGCAGCGGGCCAGUGCAAAUGCAAUCCCAGUCAAGCAUGCUGGCCGACUGCUGCUGAAUGGUCGAAAUUCAAUGAGACAAUCAGUGGCAAACUGAUCAAGACCGCUCCUGUCAUGCUCCCUUGCUAUGUGGGACCUAGCUACAACGCGGAGCAAUGCGCACAGCUAAACGACACAUUGUUCUAUGACCCGAAAUACGAAGCGCAGCAACCUGUCGGUUACGACUACCCGCUCAACGAAGCAUGUCCACCACCAAGUACAACUGACGCUCCAGCCAGCGAGUGCCAGCUUGGCAACUCGCCCGUCUACGCCAUCAACGUAACAACAGAAGCGGACAUCCAAAACGGAAUCCGGUUUGCCAAGGAAAAGAACAUUCGGGUCGUCAUCAAAUCUUCUGGUCAUGACUUUGUUCAAAGAUCCAAGGGUUUCUAUGGUCUCUCCAUUUGGCUGUAUCACUUUCGUGGCGGUUUCACUUUCAACGAGCCUGCGUCCAUCUCGAGCGGGCGUCAAGGAAAAGCGUGGAACGGAACUAGUCUCACGAUCAAUGGCGCCUACGCUUGGUCAGAUAUCUACCCGACUGCCUGGGAGAAAGGUGUUAUUGUCGUAGGAGGCAACCAAAAUGGGCCUUGCAGCACCGGAGGCUGGACACAGGGCGGAGGCCACAGCCCUGUAACCCACGAUUUCGGCAUGGGCGGCGACCAAGUUCUGUCUGCAAAAGUCAUCCUCGCAUCCGGCGAGCUCGUCGACGCCAGCCCAGACGUCAAUCCGGAUCUUUUCUUCGCCAUCCGUGGCGGCGGCCCCGGCACCUACGGCAUCGUAACCCAGCUGACGGUCAAGACGUAUCCGGAGCGGAGCGUCCACCUCUUCUACAUUGUGCUGGGCGCCCAGGGCACAGCAACUGUUAAUGCAUUCCUCGAUGCCAUGACCGACGUAUACGCAUCGUACCCUGCGCUCUCCAAGCAAGGUUUCGCCGGCUACGGCAACUGGGUCGCGCAUUCAGCCAACGGGCUGCACCAGCACAAAUUCACAAACGUGUGGUACCAAGCCUUUACCAUCACCGGAAAAACCGCCUCAGAAGCCCAGCACCUAUUCCAAGCCUUCGAGGACACAGUGCUAGCCUACAACUCGACGCGCCUCGGCAUCCAGGUCAACAUCACGAAAUCCAGCUACACAGACUACGGCAAGUACUUUGCCAACAAGACGGGUACAAAUGCCAAUGUAGGCGGCAUCUCGGCGCUAUCAUCCCGGUUCCUGGAUUCGAAAGCGUUGAGUGGUGAUAAGAAGCGGCUGCGCGCUGCAAUCGAUGUCAUGGCCGGUGAGCCGGGCAAGCCCGUGUACCACACGCUUGUGCACCACGGCCUCGAGGCCACACACGGCCUGCAGGACAGCGAGUCGGCCGUCCAGCCUGGGUGGUACCGCUCGAUUAUACUUGAUAUCUUCGAGCGCGACGUCGUCGAUUUCACCUACAUCAACAACGUGGAGCCGUUUUCGUAUAUCAGGUCGAAAGUGGAACCCGUGUACCGCGAUCUGGCGCCUGCUGUCGGCACGUAUAUGAAUGAGGCGGAUUGGGGCAGUGUGCAUUGGAAAGAAGAUUUCUACGGGGUGCAUUUUGAGCGGCUGAGUAGCGUCAAGCAGAUGGUUGAUCCGGAGGGGCUGUUCUACUGUAUUACGUGUGUGGGGAGUGAGAAGUGGGUGGUUGGUGAUGAUGGGGCGUUGUGUAAGAGCAUGUAA